UGAGUAUCAGGGGUGCACAAGAAGAGGAACCACCAGAUCCACAGCUGAUGCGGUUGGACAACAUGCUCAUAGCCGAGGGUGUGGCCGGGCCUGAGAAGGGCGGAGGAUCAGCGGCGGCAGCAGCAGCGGCAGCGGCAUCGGGCGGAGGACUGGGUCAACCUGAGAACGCCAUUGAACACUCGGACUACAGGGCCAAGCUGGCUCAGAUCAGGCAGAUCUAUCACACAGAGCUGGAGAAAUACGAGCAGCAGGCCUGUAAUGAGUUCACAACGCACGUCAUGAACCUUCUCCGCGAACAGAGCAGGACGCGACCCAUCGCGCCCAAGGAGAUCGAGCGCAUGGUCAGUAUCAUCCACCGCAAAUUCAACGCCAUCCAGGUUCAGCUGAAGCAGAGCACUUGCGAGGCUGUCAUGAUCCUACGCUCACGGUUCUUGGACGCCAGGAGAAAACGAAGAAACUUCAGUAAGCAAGCAACAGAGAUCCUCAACGAAUACUUCUACUCCCAUCUUAGUAAUCCAUACCCAAGUGAAGAAGCAAAAGAAGAACUAGCAAGAAAGUGCGCCAUCACAGUAGCACAGGUAUCCAAUUGGUUUGGUAAUAAGAGGAUCCGCUACAAGAAGAACAUCGGCAAGGCCCAGGAGGAGGCCAACCUCUAUGCUGCAAAGAACGCCGCCUCGGCCGUCUCCAGUGUCAACCCGUCCAGCCAAUCACAAGCCUCGGCCGGCUCCCAGGAGGGGCAGUCACCGGGCACGCCCACCUCGGGCUCGGGAGGGGGCGGCGGGGGCGGCGGCUACGGCAUGUCAUCGGGCGGGGGCAUGAUGGGGAGCGGAGGGGAGUACAUGGGGAUGCAGAACGGCGACAGUUACCAGCUGCCAAAUCAAGUGGGUGCCAACGUUCAGUCCCAGGUGGCGAGCUUAAGACAGGUCAUAUCACAGACAGGUAGUUACAACAGCGACAGCCUGCCCCCUCACUCCCAGCCACCGUCCAUCUACAACCCCUCAUCCCUGGGGCAGUACCCCUCGGGGAGGGCAAGCGGGGACAUGGACACCGGGUCCCAUGACCGUAUGGGUAGCGGUAGCGACAGCCAACAUACCUCCCCCCGGGGUGGGGGCGAUGACCGCAGCAGCAACGGGAACGUCAACGAGGACGGGAGUGCCAGCUGGGCUGGCGGACAAUCCAACCUCGACUUCAGUAUUCAGCCGAUAGAGGGCGCUUCGUUCGAUGACGGCCGGGAUUCACGUAGCAGUAGUAAACACUGAGACUCUACUGGGAGAGAAUGUGAAACCCACAGAUUUUGAGGACUUUCUUUUUUGUAUCUCUUUCACUCUCUCUCUGUGUCCCUUUCUAGGUUUUUAUUUGACAUAUAUCCACAUGUUACGAGGGAUGUUUUGAAUUUAACAAUUACAAUCUGUACCUGGUAUUCAGUCUUUGGUAGCUUAACUUCUUCAUUUAUUCUUUUUUUUUCAAGUAGCAUGCAGAUUACAGCUGUUUGUCAGAAUCAAUUUGGAUAUUUUAUUCAGAUCUUCAAACAUAUUACGCAAUUUUUUUUUAACGGAGCAUCAUUUGCUUCUUUUUCUGUGCCAAAAUGCAAAGAAAAAAAUCAUGCAUUGUCUGAUCCUAAAAAUGUUUUCAAGAUUGAGCCUUUUUCUAAUGACAAGCAAUUAUUUGCUUUUGAUUAUGUUCUUUUCAGAAAAGUGAAACUAUGGUCGUAAGUUUCUGUCAACAUCAAGAUAACCUAUACAUCAUUUCCGAAUUUUUGAUAAUUCAAAAGAAAAAUCAAUCAAUGUUUCAUGAAAGGGAUGUACUUGAUAGACAAAUAAAUACACAUCGCCAUGCUACAAUACGAUACAUGUAAUUGAAAAGCAAUUAUUAAAGUAAAAGAAAAUAAACUCACUUAAAAAAUAGAAAUACUAAUACUUCAAGACUGGACAGUAUUAGACAAGUUUACCCAUUUAUUGAAAUCAUGUAAUACUGUUUGUAUCAGAAGUUCCUGAAGGCUUGUUGGAGCCUUGCAACAAUUAGUCAAUAUCACAAAAGCUACUUAUGAAUAGCUUUUAAAAUGUGCAGCAUAAUCCUUUUUUUGUUUGUAGUACAUAAUAUCUUAAAUGAUUUAAUUUUCUUUCAAAGUGAAGAAUUUGUAGCUAAGAGUUAUGGACUUUCAUUCGUUUUCAAUGAUGUCUUUCGAAGUAAAUAGAUAUUCAGCUCAACAUCGUGUAUGUCGAAAAAAUGGGUAUGUAAAGGCAUUCCGCCAUCUUUUUUUAAAUAGACAACAUUAAUCUUAUUUCAGUCCUUUCGUAGCUAAAAGGAAUUUCUUAUCUUUCACCAUUGGUUGCAAGAUGAAUUGAUAAUAUAUUCUUUAUUUUUUAGAUCCUCUAAACGAGAUCAAGACAGGAUUUUAUUUCUCUGGGCUUUCAUACCAGGGAAAAUAUUUUUUAUUAAUUUAUUCAACCUGUUUUGAAUCUUAAGGGGCAUCAGGAAAUGAACAUUCAAAUUCAAGUAAAAAUGCACCAAGAAAAGGGGUCAUGGAAUUGUCGAAUUUGCGGAAAUCGUUGCUAUUUUAAUUUAGAUUAUUUUCCCAUGUUUUCUCACUAUAGAAUAAUAAUUCAGGAAAUUUUGUCUGUUCUUUUAUUGGACAGGUUUCAAUUGUACAUACAAAUUUCAGAAACCAGGAUAUAUGUUUUGAAGAGGAUUCUUAUUUAAGUCACUGAGCCCCAGGACUAUUCAUUGGUUGCUCGAAAGACCUCACAGAGUGGACAUUUUAAGGCUUAAACAAUUUUUUUAUUUAUAACCUCCUUGCCAAUUUUUUUUUAUAAACAGAAGGUGUAAAGUAUCGGACGAAAUAUUGACGAUGGUUUGUGAGAAAUAUGAAAUAACGUUUAUUCAUCUUAAUUGUGUCUCUUUCAUUGUACAAAUCCAUCAUGCUUUGAAACAAAAAAAAUAUCAUGUUUUGUAUCCUGAAAAAAAAAAUGAUUAGCAGUGAUGUAUUGUUACUGCUUCUGUUUCUGCUCAUAAAUAUUUUGUUUUUGUUAAUGUGACUCCAUUUAAGGUGCCAAACGUAAGUAGGAAGUUCCGGGACAGGGCGCCCUAGAUGAAGUUGGGGGUGGGGUACAAAUUUAAGGGCCAGUCAUAUGUCGCCAAUAACAAUGGAGAUGAUUAUAUUAACUUUAAAAUCUGUUGAUGUAGAAAAGGUUUUGGAUAUUGAUGUUGCUUAAUGAUUUAUGCUAUGAUGCCUCCAAUUCUGUUUUUUUCUUUCUUCUUCUUCCCAGAUCCAGUACCUUUUCUACGAAAAAAUAUUUUAAAGUUUCAGUUAUCAUCAGUAAUACAUGACUGGCCCGUAAAAAAAAAAUACUUUGCCGUUAAUUGUUUCUAGACACUGAUAUAUACACAUACCAGUUUAGUAUUCAGUCAAGACUUAGUUGAGUAAGCUUGAUUUCAAUUGCCAAAAUACAUUCAUUCUCGCAAUGUGAUUUACAGGAAUUUUCAUAGCCCAGUUUGUUUUAAUUUUAUUUAAGGUAGCUUAAAGAAUUGAAACUUCCUUCACAUGUGGCUUUUCUUGUUUCAUGGAGCUAGCUCCACCCCAUCCACCCCUUGCUGGUGUUUUAUUUCCUUUUUAAUAGCAAACCUGCUAUCUGUGAUUUCAACUGGAGUCCAAAGUUAUCAUGUGAGGAUACAAUGUUACGUCAUGUACAUAAUAAACAUUGUAUCACUGGA